CUUUGCCGGGCUGUCCUCGCCUCCGACCUGGACUCAAACUCAAAACACACCCACGGCCUAGCCUAUAAAAGCAAAGACACCCGCGCCGCCUUCUUCCUCCUUCCACCUUCGUGGCCUCGUAACCAACAGCCCAAACGAAUCCAAACCAACGCCGCCGCACGCCCAACCGACCAAACCCCCUCUCGCCAAGCAUAAAACCCGGCCCCGUUCGAACCGUUUGCCUCCAAGCUCCGAUCCCCGCGACCCACGGCGUCGAGCCAUGGCUUCCGCGGCGGGCGCGGAGCCGACGGUGCUGGGGAUGGGGCUCCGCAGCGGGAGCGGCGCGUGGGGCGCCGGAGGAGGGCGAGCCGCGGCGUCGGCGAUGGACGCGGCGGUGGAUCUCGCCGUGCACCCGUCCGGCCUCGUCCCCACCCUCCAGAACAUUGUCUCCACAGUCAAUUUGGACUGCCAGUUGGAUCUGCAACAAAUAGCCAACAGCGCUCGUAACGCAGAGUACAACCCAAAGCGUUUUUCUGCGGUUAUCAUGAGGAUAAGGGAUCCGAAGACAACGGCACUGGUAUUUGCUUCAGGGAAGAUGGUUUGCACAGGAGCAAAGAGCGAAGAGCACUCAAGGCUGGCUGCGAGGAAGUACGCGCGAAUUGUCCAAAAGCUCGGCUUCCCAGCUCGUUUCAAGGAUUUCAAGAUCCAGAAUAUAGUUGGGUCAUGUGACGUCAAAUUUCCCAUUCGUCUGGAGGGCCUUGCUCUGGCCAGUGGAAUGUUUGCCAAUUAUGAGCCGGAGAUCUUCCCUGGGCUGAUCUACCGCAUGGCGGACCCCAAGGUCGUGAUCCUCGCCUUCGUCUCUGGCAAGGUCGUCCUCACCGGAGCCAAGGUGCGGGAGGAUAUAUACAGAGCCUUUGAGAACAUAUACCCGAUGCUCGUGCAGUUCAGGAAACGGCAGCAGUAUAGAUAGGAUGCGGUCCAUCUGGCGAAUGGCGCGAACCCCUCCAUUCGGUAUACGCUUCAGCCACUGCACAAGUGGACAUUGCAUGAUCUGGAUGGGUGCCAGCACUCGUGGACACGGCCCGCUGGCGCCUGUUUUCUUUUACGCUCUUUUUUCUUUUCUUUUCUUUUUUUGUCUUGAGGACGAGGAUAGAAGGGCAGUUUGAUUACGAGAACGACCAUGUAAACAAUCUGAGCGUCACGGCUCUCUAAAAGACAUCGUGUAAACUGUUUGAAAUAUCAUAGUAUCAUGAGAACGCCA